GCAGGGACUGCGGUCAUAAACAAACACACGCAGUACAGUCCUUACUCUCUUAUGGAGCUCUCGUGUUGCGCUUUGAAAGCAUCGGCUGACUUUUAUUAAAGCUGACCUUCUUCACGGACCGAGCUUUAAAGAAUAUACGGAUGUGAAAAAAAUCCAGCACUUUAAAAACCUCAAGGAUUUGUAUCCCCGUUUACCUCCCUCCCUCCCCCUUUUACCCGGACCGAGGCGGCUUAUGUGACACAUUAACGUCCCGGCAGCGAGACAAGCGAAACAUGACGGAGCUGAGGAAGCGAGGUGGAGGCGGAGGAGACCCUGACAGCACCGAUAAUAUCAGCGACAAGGAGGCAGAUGUCGACGACAGGCUGGGCACAGACGGAGAAUGUGACGGUGACUCCAAAGCAGACACUCCAGAUGUUCCUCUCUCCACAGCGGACACAGAUAACACUCCACAAUACCUGAACAAAGCUCUGGAGGGCCUGCCGCCCAGAUGGAAGAACUACUGGAUACGAGGAGUUCUGUCUCUAGCCAUGAUUUCUGGCUUUUUCCUCAUCAUCUAUAUGGGACCCGUCGCUCUUAUAUUAAUUGUCAUGACUGUCCAAAUCAAGUGUUUCCAGGAAAUCAUCACUAUUGGCUACAGAGUGUACCAUUCCUAUGAGCUGCCUUGGUUCAGGACACUAAGCUGGUACUUCCUGAUUUGCGUCAACUACUUCUUCUAUGGUGAAACUCUGGCAGAUUACUUUGGGGCUCUGGUGCAGAGGGAGGAGCCUCUGCAGUUCCUCUCUCGCUAUCACCGCUUCAUCUCCUUCGCUCUGUACCUCGCAGGUUUCUGCAUGUUUGUGCUGAGUUUAGUGAAGAAACAUUACCGCCUGCAGUUUUAUAUGUUUGCUUGGACCCAUGUGACCCUGUUGAUUGUGGUAACUCAAUCCCACCUUGUCAUUCAGAACCUGUUUGAAGGAAAGAUCUGGUUCAUUGUCCCGAUCUCCAUUGUGAUCUGCAAUGACAUCAUGGCCUAUCUGUUUGGAUUCUUCUUUGGGAGGACUCCACUGAUCAAGCUCUCACCCAAGAAGACCUGGGAGGGCUUCAUCGGUGGUUACUUCGCCACAGUGAUCUUUGGCUUCAUUCUGGCCUACCUGCUGUCUCAGUUCCAGUACUUUGUGUGUCCCGUGGGCUUCAACAGUGAGACCAACAGCUUUACAGUGGAGUGCGAGCCCUCCGAUAUAUUUGUGAUGCAGGAGUACAGGCUCCCUGCUGGGCUACAGAACAUACUAUCAUGGAAAACGGUGAACCUGUACCCCUUCCAGAUCCACAGCGUCUUCCUCUCCUCCUUCGGCUCUCUCAUCGGGCCUUUCGGCGGCUUCUUUGCCAGCGGCUUCAAGCGAGCCUUCAAAAUCAAAGACUUUGCCAACACCAUCCCCGGCCACGGCGGCAUCAUGGAUCGAUUCGACUGUCAGUACCUGAUGGCCACCUUCACACACGUCUAUAUAGCCAGUUUCAUCAGGGGGCCGAACCCAAGCAAGGUGCUGCAGCAGCUGCUGAUGCUUCAGCCCGAACAGCAGCUGGGCAUUUUCCACACUCUGCACUCCCACCUGAGAGAGAGGGGCAUGCUCCCCCCAGCUCCUGCCGCCCAGGCUGAGUGAAAGGCCGCCUGCUUCGCUGGGUGACGACUGGAGAGUGUGUGAUGGUUUGGGAAGUUUGUGUAAGCUUGUACACACACAGACACACACACACACACACACACACACACACACUAUUAGGUAUGGCUUCAUCGUCAUCCUGCCGACUCUUCAUUCGACUUCCAACCAGCGCAAAAACCACGGCUUUGGUGACUUUCCACACUACUUGGAAAUACCUUGUAGUAAAAAAAACACACACAAUAUCAACAACAAUAAAAAAAAUAGGCUGCUUCAUUGCUUUUUUUACGUGGACCUGCACAUCAAUGUCAACAUGCUACACAAGCAGGCAGUCCCCAUCCUAAAAACGUACAGACUGAAAUGUUUUCUGGAACAAAACGGACCCCUGAGCACAUGGCUUUCUCAGCGCAGGUGGAUGAUGGAUGUGGGGUUUACCUGUGGAUGGCAAAUAUUGCACUGACUUUAGCUGAAGAAACAAAUUUAAGAAGCUUUUACCAGCAUAAACUGGGCCCAACGUGCCGGGCACAGAGACCUGAGCUACAGCACAUGGACUGUGGACACUCGUCUUUCUGUUUGGGUCGUCUGAAUACUGUCCACACUGUUUUAUAUACUAUGCUCUAUUUAAUGGUCCUAACCUCACAGCAUAACAAAACAUGUAGCAUGUACGCAAGUCCAGCUCUGGGCUCCUGCUGAAUCAAGCCAUGUUUAUUCUCUUCCUCCACAGCGUGAACUCUUAGCUUUUAGGUUUCGUCUGAAUCUAAAUAACUAGCACAACUUCAAGUCAAUACAGAUUGACAGUAGGCAUGUUAACGCAGAAACUAGAGCAUCAGCACUCAAGUUAAUGGAUUGUACAUAAAUAUACUGAAAAUAUUUAGCUAAAUAAAUAUCUAAUACAUAUUCUAACUACUUGUGUGACCUGCUGGGGAAAAGAAAAAAACUUUUAAGCUAUGAGAAAAUAUAUGCAAAACUAGAUAUGUGACUUGUAGCCUUUAGCAUGAACAAAUUAGAUUUCUAUGAGGUACGGAUGUAGAUUUGAUCAAUGGUUGCUGCUUAUUUAAGGGGUGCAUUGGGUGAAGCUUUACCAGAGAGUGCAAAAAGGAUUUUUAGGAAUAGUUGGACAUUUGGGAAAUGCGCUUAAUGUUCCAUUUAACUGGGUUAUAAGAUUUAUAGCACUCUUUUCUGUAGCUGGAGAUGGAAGGUUAAAAGCACAACAUUUUAGGACAUCUUUUCAAAUCUGCCUAACACACACAUUAAAACUCACUAAUUAAGAGUUCUACAAAAAACUAACAUUACAGUUUUAAAGGGGCCCUCGUAUGCCUUCUGACUUUCCUUUCUUCUAGUGUAUUAUAUACUGUAGGUUUGUGUGCAUGUAAAUGUUCUGAUAAGCUAUGGGCUGGGACAUCUUUAAACUGACCAAUCAGACCAGUCUUUUUGGUUUCAGACAGAGAGUGAAAAGAGGUGCUGCAGUACAGCCAGUAUGAGAAGAAUACAGAGGUUUUAUGAACAUUAAAGCAAGGAAAUAUGUCCCAGUAGAGGCACAACAUAGAAGUAUUAAACCUCGAUAUGAGUACAAUAGGGUAGAAUUUUGUUUUGUGGUGCUUAAAAUUGAUAAAUCCUGGCAGGAUUGGAAAGUAGAAUUUCCUUACUUCAGAAAUGUAAAAUCAAUCCUCUCCUCCAUUCUUCUUGAAGUCAUUACUCGAAUCAGGUAGAACUUUGUUUGUAAAAAAACAUUUGUUUUUUAUGAGAUAUGUGGUGAUUUAGAGGCAAACCAGGUAUAACGUUGAAAGAAAGGCAGUGAAGCUUUCUGCCCCAUGUUUCCAGUCUUUAAUGCUAAGCUAGGCUAAUAGCCCCCACACUGAGUGCAAUGUUGAUCUCAACCAUCUCUCGUACAGAAAGCGCAUUUCCCAAAAUGGUGAGGUAUUCCUCCAUAAAGACUGUGCUUCCUUUAAAAAAUGUAACCAAGGAUUUUAGUUGCACUGUAGCGAUUGGGGGUGGGUUGGGGUGAAUGCAUCAGACCACUCCCACCUCCUCGGACUCAAUGUGUGUGUAAUGUUUUUUAAAAAAUCUAUUUUAAAAAUCUUCUUAGGCAUUAAAUCUCUGUUAAAUUAUUCUGUUCUGAAUGUAUAUUGCAAUAUAGGAUCCCUAUACAACAUUGUGUGCAUACACUGCUGUAUUUCCACAUAUCUUUAAGUAUAGAAAUGGGACGGGCGGUGGUUUUAUGAGCAAUAUCUUAACAGUUUCUGAGAAUGUGAUCAUUGAAUCCCUCGGUAAAUCUGUGGAAUUCAUGAUUAAUGAAUAAAGAUGAUGCGUUAUAAGCGAGUUACAUCGCCGCACCAUACGGGCCGAUGAGAACCUUUGAAUCCUUUCUUCAGAGAGAAAUGUUUACCAAAGCACUGUCUGAUUAACACUGAUCUCCUUCCUUUGCUAACAUUUGCAUCUGUGGCUUGUGCAAUUGGUAUCACUCUAUUCUUCCUUCAGGUGUUGAACAAGGAGGAUGUUCUCAUUUAUUUGGUCAGUUUGUUUUCUUCAUGUUUCCCUCAUAGAGGUGCAUUUUAGGGUAUUUUCCCCAUUAGAAGUGAAUGGGGGUGCUGCUGGGUGGACUGUUGGGACCAGCCGUAUUGUACUGUAUACAUCUCUGACUUAAGCCUCUCUCUGUGGCAAAACACACACUACUGCUUCACACACUUUUGCUGUGACCUUCACUGUCCAGCGAGAUGAAGUAGAGCAUAUAUCCACACAGACGUGAUCACACUAAAGCAUUACGACCAAAACAGCAGGUGGCCAAAUGAUGUGGAUUAUUUGGAGUGUGCCACAGGAAUAACUAAACACUAACUGAAUCCGUGAUCAACGCAUUCAUAAACUCUAAAGUGAUUUAAAACGUUUACAUUUUUAGGAUGCUAUAAGACUUUGAAACAUGGAAAGUAUAAAAAAAAGUUAUACAAAUGUAAUCUGCCUCAAUUAAUGGUCCUUUUUAUAUUAAAAUGAAUACCUGUAAAAUUCUUAAACUUGGUUCUUUUAUUAUUAAGUAUCCAUGAAAUGAAUAAUUUCCAUUUUAUUUAUUUUUGUUUUGUUUUUCUGUAAAAUGUCAGGAAAAAUGAUCCCAUUUGAGAAGUUUUUAAUGGAUAAAUGAAUAGAUAAAAACAAUUGAUUAUUACAUUGUAAUUAACGGUGUAAUCAGCUGUCAGCUGGCUAGAUAAUUGUUAUGAAGGUACUUUCCAAAUGCAUUUAUCUAAUUUGUUUAUUUAAAUCAACAUUAUUUAUUCUUAAAAGACGAUACGGAGGAACUAUUAACAUGCAAAAAAGUAGUUUUAAUCAAAUACAUAAUAACGAAAGAGCAUAAGGCCCACGUGUAAAAAAUUUUUUAGAUCUGACUUUCUUUUUAGUUGCUCACAUUUUGUGUUUCCACUCUCAAGAAAUAAUAACUUUUGGUCACAUUUAUACAAAAAUAAAUAGUCACGUGACCCUAAUCCUCUUUACAUCCUUACAUCAUCAAUCAUUUUAUUUCAGUAUAAUUAUUCAGACAGCGUCCUUAAAGAGUGAUUAUAAAUGAGAAGUGUAUUAUUACUUUGGCACAUUCCACAGAUUCACAGCUGCCGUUUUAAUUAGAUUGAAGUUGCUGUGUGGACUAAUUUAUAUUUUUAUUCAAGUUAUGAAGGUAAAACACUUGUGGAACACAACCGUGAAAAUAGGAACUAUACAUAUAAGUUUAGUGACCCAGAUGUCAGGUAAUGAUGCACUGCAGAUGUUUGGUUGCUUGUCUUUUUAUUUUAUUUAUCAUUUUGUGAAUAUUUGUUUGAUUCGCUUUGAGCAGGAAUGUUUUCUAAUGAAAAUCUAUAGCUUUUGGAGUGGAGAAGAUCAAAAAUGACACAGGAAGUAUGCUUUUAAUAUUGGGGCAAUACAAAGUCAUGUAUAAAAACACAUAUUGAUAUCUUGUUAGGGAUAUUGUGAAGUUGUUUACUGUUUGGAGGUAAAUAAAGGUUUUUUUUCUGUAUAA